AUGGAAGAAGUUUAAACACGUCUUUAAAAGAUUGGACUUGAUGAAACAACGAUCAAGAACACUCUCAAGGGUAAAAAUGCACUCAAAUCAAUUCUUUAGACUCUUGAUUUGGUUGGGAUUAAUGAAUGCGAUAAGAAAAUUGGAAAUUUAUUAUAUGAAAUGUCCUAAAAUCUAACAGAAGCCCUUGACAAUAGAAGAGCUCUCUUGGCUAAGUACAUUGUGGAAGGAAAGAUUUCCAACAAAUUGCAAUUGGAAGGUGCUCUUGAAUAUUUAAGAACACAUACUCAUUUGGAAUAAGUACCUGCCCAAGACUUUGAGAAGGCUGCUGGUGUAGGAAUAGUCGUGACUCCAGAGUAAAUUAAAAACACAGUCGCUGAAUUUCUUUAGAGUAAGUAGGAUUUGAAGACUAUCCGAUAUACCUAUAAUUUUUCUGAGUACACAAAAUAAGUAAGAACUCUCCUUCCAUUUGCAGAGGGAAAGUUAUUGACUUAAGAAUUAAACCAAUAAAUUGAGGCUAUACUUGGACCCAAGACUGAGGAAGAUUUAAAGGCUGCAAAAACCUAAACAAAAAAACCAUAAUAAUAAUAAUAACAAUAAUAAUAAUAAUUAGAAUAAUAAGGUGAGGAAGAGGAUGAUUGCAAAUUUGAUAUCUCAAAAUUAGUUGCCAGAGAUCUUGCUACCACUGUCAAUAGUGAAUAAUUACUUAAUUGGAGAAAAUAGAAUUUCCCCUAUGAAGUUUUAACCAGAUUCCCACCUGAACCAAAUGGUUACUUACACAUUGGUCAUGCCAAAUCCAUCAAUUUCAAUUUUAGAUUAGCUCAACACUACAAAGGUGUCACCUAUCUAAGAUUCGAUGAUACUAACCCAGAGAAGGAAUGCUAAGAAUUCAUUGAUAACAUCAAGGAAAACUUAAGAUUCCUCGGUUACACUCCAUUCAAAACUACUCAUGCAUCAGACAACUUUGGCAAACUCUAUGACUAUGCUGUCUAAUUGAUCUAAAAAGGCAAAGCCUAUUGCUGUUUCUUGAGCAAAGAGGAGUCCUCCAAAUUAAGAACCGAUCUUAAACCUUCCCCAUACAGAGACACUCAACCAGCUGAAAACCUUGAAAUAUUCAGAAAAAUGAAAAUGGGUUACUACAAGGAAAACGAGGUCUGUUUGAGAGCCAAGAUUGAUCCAACUCAUCCUAAUCCCACUCUGAGAGACCCAGCCAUUUUCAGAAUCAGAUUCACUCCUCAUCCUCAUUAAGGAGACAAAUGGUGCAUCUAUCCUCUCUAUGAUUUCACUCAUUGCAUCUGUGAUUCCAUCGAAGGCAUCACCCAUUCUUGUUGCACUCUUGAAUUCGAAGUCAGAAGAGAUCUCUAUUAUUGGUUCUUAAAGGAAUUAGAUCUCUACAGACCUUUCGUCUGGGAAUUCUCCAGAUUGAAUGUCUCUAACACUGUAUUAAGCAAGAGAAAACUUCACCAUUUGGUCUUCAACAACAUUGUGGACGGUUGGGAUGAUCCUAGAAUCUUGACUCUCAACGGUCUCAGAAGAAGAGGAUACACUGCUGAUUCCAUCAACAAAUUCUGCGAUCUCAUCAGUGUGACCAGAAAAGGUAAUGAGAAUUUCAUAGGCAUGCAUGUACUUGAAAGUUGCAUCAGAAAAGACUUGGAUAUCAAGGCUCCCAGAACUAUGGCUAUCUUGGAACCAAUCGUAGCCAUUAUUGACAAUGUUGCUGAGGACUUCUCUGAAGAAUUGGAAGUUGCCAUCAUUCCAAGAAAUCCAUAAAAGGGAAAUAGAAAGAUCCUUUUGACCAAAUAAGUCUAUUUGGAUAGGAAUGAUGUCAGAACUGAAGAUCAUCCUGAUUUCUGGGGUGUUGCACCUGGUAAAAUUAUUGGACUCAAAUAAUGUGGACCUUUCAAAGUUCUCAGUGUCACUGCCAAUGAAGUCCAUCUAGAACGACUAGGAAAGGAUGUUAAGCCUAAAGGAUUCUUACAUUGGUUAUCUGUUAAAGAAGCCACUCCUUGUGUUGUCAGAUUGUAUGACUACUUGUUUGAAGCCUAUGAUCCCAAUGAACUUGAAGAUUACAUCAAGGGAAUCAAUCCUAACUCCAAGAUCGUUUGUGCUAAUGCCUUAAUGCACAAGGAUCUCUUGAAUUCAAAACCAGAAGACAAACUCCAAUUCGAAAGGUUGGGCUAUUUCAACUUGGACUUUGAUUCCAAGGACGGAAAAUUCAUUUGGAAUAGAACUGUCACUCUGUAAGAGAAGGAUAAGAUUAAGGCUAUUGCAUAGGUUGAUGGCAAAUAAGUAUAAAAAAAGGAUGUGCCUUAAUAGAAAAAGGAUAAUACCAAAAAGGAAGCCAAAAAGGAAUGAUAUAUUAUUAUUCAAGCAAAUAAAAUUUGUUUAAUUAAUUUAAAUAAA